GCUUUGCUGGUCCGCUGCCGAGCCUCCAAAGCGUUUCUCGAGGCAGGCGCACGACCCCAAGAAGCUGCGCUUCUACGAGUAUCCGGACAUCCAGGCUGCGGCGGCGUUGCCGCAGCUGACACUCAUGUUGGAUCCCGAGGCCGAGAACUACCGCGAGGUCUACAACGCUUCGUGGCAGGUGGCCAAUGCCCUGCGAGGAGAGCGCUUGGCGGUGGUGAUACUACCCGCCGACAUGCAGAGCGCACUGAAAUUCUUCAAGGUGAAAGUCGGGGACCUGCCAACGGCGAUGGUCGUGAACUGGACCAACGGGCUCGGCGAGCGCCCGUACCAGCUGUUUCUCCACUCACAAGGGGCUGCCCCUCCGCUGGCCAAAACACCACUCCUGGAGUUUUCGCAGCACUUCCUCCAAGGCGAGGUGCCCCAGUGGCGGCGUUCAGCUCCCGUCGUCUCGGACUGGGAGCUAGCGCUGGACGACGGCAAGGACGUCCUGGUCAUGUUCUUUGCACCUUGGUGCGGCUUUUCCAAGCGCAUGUCGCCGCGAGUGGACGAAUUGGCACGGCACUUCCGCUAUGCUAGACAGCUGUCGAUUCUCAAGAUCGACGACACACAAAAUGAUGUGGAUCACCCCGUCUUGAAGCAAAUGAAGGGGUACCCCUUCCUGGCCUUCUUCCCUGCGGGCAAGAAGAAUGAUGCCGUGCCCGUGCGGGUCAACGGCCGCCUGCUUGGUGACUCAGAGGCUUGGCUCAAGGAGGCAGCGCAACGCCUCCGUGCAUUGGCCACGGUCGAGCUUCUGGAAACGGCGCCUUCCACGGAGCCGGAGGAGGAAGCCUCGGGGCUCCUCACCGACGCCGAAGAGACAGGGCGUUCGGCGAUGCCGGCCACGGCCUGGAAAGAGGUCGUCAUCGAUGGCAAGGUGAAGUUUAAGGUGCCGGCACAUCUUGAACUCAUCAAGAAGGUGGGCUCGGGGGCUUACGGCACCGUCGCCUCGUUCCAGGAUCCCAAGAGUGGCACCAAGCUGGCGGUGAAGAAGAUCACGGAUGCGUUCCACGACCUAGUGGAUGGGAAGCGCAUUCUGCGAGAGGUCAAGCUUUUGAGAAGCUUCAGGCAUGACAAUAUCAUCAGCAUCCUGGACAUGUACCCGCCAGACCAUCCUGACUUCGAUGACAUCUACAUCGUUACCGACCUGAUGGAGACAGAUCUGCAUCGCGUCAUCUACUCGAAGCAGGUUUUGAACGACGAGCACCACCAGUACUUCUCCUACCAAAUCCUCCGUGGAUUGCUGUACCUCCACAGUGCGAACGUGGUGCAUCGCGAUCUGAAGCCUGCAAAUAUCCUGGUGAACAAGAACUGCGACCUGAAAAUCUGCGAUUUUGGUCUCGCUCGUGGGUUGGGCAAUGACGAGGAUGAUCCAACCCUGACUGACUACGUGGUCACCAGGUGGUACAGAGCUCCUGAGGUUGUCCUGCUGGCAUCAGAAUACACCAAGUCCAUCGAUGUUUGGUCGGUUGGGUGCAUUCUUUGCGAGUUGAUCGGCCGCAAGCCGAUCUUCACCGGCAAGGACCACCUGGACCAGAUCAAGAAGAUCUUAGCGGUCGUGGGCAUGCCCUCGGAGGAAGACCUGACAUGGCUGCCUCCUCGGAGCCCUGCUAGGAACUUCAUCAAGAAGGUCCCCCCUUGCACCAAGCAGAGCUGGAAGUCCGUCUAUCCCAAGGCGACAGAGGCGGGCAUCUAUGCCAUUGAGCGGAUGCUCACUUUCAACCCGACCAAGCGAGCGACGAUACCAGAGUGCCUCAUUCUACCGUAUUAUGAAACGCUUCACAUGCCCGACGACGAGCCCGUGGCUGAAACUCCGGUCGACUGGGCUUUCGACAAGUUCACUCCUACAAAGAGGUUGCUGCAAAAUUACAUUUACGCCGAGUGCUGGAAGUUUCACCCGGAGAUCCAGCAGCGGGACGCGAAGUUGCUGGACUCACGGGGCAUCUCGGAGCUGCUGCGCUGA